UUAUAGACAGCUGAGUCCAGGGCUCCCAAAAGGACCCAAACAACAUGUACCGGAAAUGUGAGAGCUUGAAGUAAACAUUGGAGUUCCUUCUUGAAUUGUAUGAUUUAUAGGUAUUUCAGGCACCGCAACAGUGGCUACAAUGAACAACAUGUCCCCCGAGGUCGCACUGCACCGGAUCUCACCCGAGUUGAGGCCCUUGCUGUCCAGCGUUGUGCGGAAUGGCCGCGUGGGACUCGACUCGACAAACUGUCUCCGUGUCACAGACCUCAAAACUGGCUGUACAUCUCUGACCCCCGGUCCCUGCUGUGAUCGCUUUAAACUCCACAUCCCCUACGCUGGAGAAACCCUGAAGUGGGAUAUCAUAUUCAAUGCACAGUAUCCAGAAUUGCCACCAGAUUUUAUUUUUGGAGAGGAUGCAGAGUUUCUCCCCGAACCCUCUGAACUGCCGCACUUGGUCCGCUGGGACGCUGGGGACCCGGACUGCUUGCUGCAGCUGGUGAAGGAGCUUCUGCAGCAGUACCACCUCUACCAGUGCCAGCGUCUGCGCGAGAGCUCCAGGCUGCUCUUCGAGUACGACAGUCUGCUGGACGAUCCCAACUACGGCCGCAACAUGGAGAUCUACGCCGGGCGCAAGAACAGCUGGACAGGAGAGUUCUCAGCCCGCUUCCUUCUAAAGCUACCCGGGGACUUCAGUAACAUCCCUGUCUACCUCCUGAAGGACACAGCGGUGGACCCUGGAGAGGACGUAGCUCUUCUCUCUGUGAGCUUUGAGGAUGCUGAGGCCACCCAAGUCUUCCCCAAACUCUACCUCUCUCCCAGCAUCGAACAUGCUUUGGGCGGCUCCUCGGCACUUCAUAUCCCAGCAUUCCCCAGCGGAGGAUGCCUAAUUGACUAUGUCCCCCAAGUGUGCCAGUUACUCAACAACAAGGUGCAAUAUGUCAUCCAAGGCUAUCACAAGAGGAGAGAGUACAUCGCCGCCUUCCUCAGCCACUUUGGAAUGGGCGUGGUGGAGUAUGAUGCCGAGGGAUUCACAAAACUCACUCUUUUACUGAUGUGGAAGGACUUUUGCUUCUUAGUCCACGUGGACCUCCCGCUGUACUUCCCGAGGGACCAGCCCACCCUCACCUUCCAGUCCGUGUACCACUUCACCAGCAGCGGGCAGCUGUAUUCUCAGGUGCAGAAGUCGUAUCCCUACAGCCCUCGCUGGGACGGCAAUGAGAUGGCAAAGAGGGCAAAGGCGUACUUCAAGGGCUUCAUCCCUCAGUUCCAAGAGGGAGCCUUUGCCAACGGGAAACUCUAGUACCCGCGAGCCUAAUGACAUGCCUGGAGGGUGUAUGCGAGUGUGUGUUUUGUGUUGUGUACCUGUGUGCACAGAAUUAUCUGUGGAAAUGUACUGUACAUGGACAGCACAGUGACAAUGUUUUGCACACAGCUUCUGUGGAAUAGUUGCCUCUCAUUACUCUGGUUUUAUUUCAGUUAUGGUGUGAAGUCACUUUGGUGUAGCAGACACUUGCCACACAAUUUAAUGGGAUCGGGCUGAAAUGAUGUGAAUUUUGUCGAGAACUUCUUCAAUCCACAGCUGCCUCGCUGUGAAAGAUAUUUGAUGGAAUGUAAACUAUUGACUACAUGUUAAUCACAAAGAGCUGUUGCGACAAGGCCAAAAUGUCAUUGUUUACCGUUUGUUUGUUUGUUUUGUCAUAUUUAGCUCCACUGUUGAUGUAGAAAUGUUCUUUAAAUGCCUCUAUGCUCCAUGUGACCGUUCAAAGCCCUGUGAAGUCUAUUCCUGACAGCUGGACGGACAGUUCUGUAAAUGUUUAGUCCAAAUUUCUAUCCAUUAAAGAAUUCUGUUUCCCCAGA